AUGUCCUCCGAUGAUCAAUCCGUAUUGGAUCCCUUUCACCAGGGCAUACACAUGAGUGAGGAUGACAUGGAGGAUCGAGGCAGAACUAUAUCAUCUGCAACAUGUGAUGUCUCCAAGUCUCACGGCGGUGAUUAUCUCCAAGAAACCCUCCACAACACUGGUCCACACACAGCUCCAUACCUUAGUCAACCAGCUCCGGCGAUCCCGACAACGCAAUCUAUUAAACAGACUGGGAGGGCAAGCAACGAAGAAUACCCCCCGGAGAGUGAAAACUAUAAAGACUCUCGCAACAUACCGUCUGGAAGCUCUAUCCAAUUGCUGGCCCAUCAUUCAGGCACUCGUGCCGCAAAGAAUUCCGCCACGGAUGUUUCUCGAAGCACUUCACGGACAGACACAUCAAAGCGAGCUAUAGUAGGAGACCUUAUGCCAGCAAUUGAUGCAGAGGCAAGACCUCUGGUCAGCCGUUCAAGUAAUAGGGAGAAGAUACCACCGCCUCCGCCCAAGAGCCACCAUGGGAGGUUAAUCAACCCUAAUCCUGGCUCGACUCCCUCUUCCCCUCAACCCGCACCUUUCAAACCUGCAAACCGCUUUUCAUUUCAUGGCUCCCCCCUGGAGUCAUCAUCGUCACCCAAAUCACCACAGCUAGGAGUGGAUUAUGUCCCCGGAUCAGCUAGUAGCGAAGCUGAAAAGCCAAGUGAGCCUUUAAGGCGCAGCCAAUCUCAGUACAAGCGACCGCCGACACCGCCGCUGAGUAGGCGACACAGCCAGAUGAGAAGGUCCAAGACCACCUUGUCCAAGCCAAAUCCCAGCAGGCUUUCUAUGCCGGCCGUCAAGAUGGAGGGCACUGAGUCCCCCCCACCUAGUCCAAGCUCUUGGAGCUUGAACUUCGCGAACUCGGGAUGCCAGACCAGGCUCUUCGUCUGA